GAUAUGUUUCCUUCUUUUUGCCAUUCUCUACGUCGUUUCCUACUUCAUCAUCACAAGAUACAAGAGAAAAUCAGAUGAACAGGAAGAUGAAGAUGCCAUCGUCAACAGGAUUUCGUAUGUAUUUUAAAGUUGUUUUUGAGCACGUUCACCCUCGCCGUGUCAGCUGGGGCUGUUUUGCUUUUGCCUUUCUCAAUAAUCAGCAAUGAAAUCCUGCUUUCUUUUCCCCACAACUACUAUAUUCAGUGGCUAAAUGGCUCCCUGAUUCAUGGUUUGUGGAAUCUUGCUUCCCUUUUUUCCAACCUUUGUUUAUUUGUAUUGAUGCCCUUUGCCUUUUUCUUUCUGGAAUCAGAAGGCUUUGCUGGCCUGAAAAAGGGAAUCCGGGCCCGCAUUUUAGAGACUCUGGUCAUGCUUCUUCUUCUUGCAUUACUCAUUCUUGGGAUAGUGUGGGUAGCUUCAGCACUCAUUGACAAUGAUGCUGCAAGCAUGGAAUCUUUAUAUGAUCUCUGGGAGUUCUAUCUACCCUAUUUAUAUUCCUGUAUAUCAUUGAUGGGAUGUUUGUUACUUCUCUUGUGUACACCAGUUGGCCUUUCUCGUAUGUUCACAGUGAUGGGUCAGUUGCUAGUGAAGCCAACAAUUCUUGAAGACCUGGAUGAACAGAUUUAUAUCAUUACCUUAGAGGAAGAAGCACUCCAGAGACGACUAAAUGGGCUGUCUUCAUCAGUGGAAUGCAACAUAAUGGAGUUGGAACAAGAACUUGAAAAUGUAAAGACUCUGAAGACAAAAUUAGAGAGGCGAAAAAAGGCUUCAGCAUGGGAAAGAAAUUUGGUGUAUCCCGCUGUUAUGGUUCUCCUCCUUAUUGAGACAUCCAUCUCGGUCCUCUUGGUGGCUUGUAAUAUUCUUUGCCUAUUGGUUGAUGAAACAGCAAUGCCAAAAGGAACAAGGGGGCCUGGAAUAGGAAAUGCCUCUCUUUCUACGUUUGGUUUUGUGGGAGCUGCACUUGAAAUCAUUUUGAUUUUCUAUCUUAUGGUGUCCUCUGUUGUCGGUUUCUAUAGCCUUCGAUUUUUUGGAAACUUUACUCCCAGGAAAGAUGACACAACUAUGACAAAGAUCAUUGGAAAUUGUGUGUCCAUCUUGGUCUUGAGCUCUGCUCUGCCUGUGAUGUCGAGAACACUGGGAAUCACUAGAUUUGAUCUACUUGGCGACUUUGGAAGGUUUAAUUGGCUGGGAAAUUUCUAUAUUGUAUUAUCCUACAAUUUGCUUUUUGCUAUUGUGACAACAUUGUGUCUGGUCCGAAAAUUCACCUCUGCAGUUCGAGAAGAACUUUUCAAGGCCCUAGGGCUUCAUAAACUUCACUUAUCAAAUACUUCAAGGGAUUCAGAAACAGCCAAGCCUUCUGUAAAUGGGCAUCAGAAAGCACUGUGAGAUGCACAGACGGCGUCUUCUACAACCAAGAGACCUGAGAACUCCAGACUCAUGACAUUCCUGUCCCAUGUAGAAGCAUUUCCAUUUCAACCUUGGCUCCUCUUCAGAACCUAGACCUAUCAGUGCCAUUUUUUUUCAUAGUCUACAAAGAACUUGGCUAUGGCUGAUCUUUUUUUAAAUUUAACUUUCUGAUAGACCCUGUAGUUUCCAGUUAAAUGCAGAUUCCUUAGAGCCGUAUAGAACAGCGCAUUCUUCUGUAGACAUUUUCUCAUAUUGGUAAAUACAGUCAUCCAUAUGAAAAAAUUGUUUUCACCUGAUAUGAAAAUGUUAGAAAAGGCAAACUCUGGGACUUCUAAAGAUUUACUUAAAUCCCAUUAUAUACUUUAUUCAGAAUGUAGAAGCCAACCUGAAAUGCAUCCUUGGUACUAAGUGAAGCUUCUUCAGAAAAUGCAUUUUUCAAAUGCAAUAGGAACUGUUUGUAGAUAUCAUCAUUGCAGUGUGUGUUGGAGCUGUAAUGGUUGCAGUUAUGUUUCUUAUUUCCCUAAAAGCAAAAAGCAUAGUUUCUGAUUUAUGUUACAGAAUGAUACUGAUUAGACUUUGAGCCAAGAGGAAAAUACUAAAUUCUUUUAAACCUGGAGCCUUAGAGAGCCACAGGAAUAUCUUCUGUUGUACAGUCUAAUAAGCUAUGGUAGGAAGUAUCACGUAAUCACAGUUUAAUGACAGUUUAUGUAUAUAAUUCAGUAUUACCUCUGAUAACAUAGUUGCCAGUGUUUAAUACACUUGUAACUUGGAUUUUUGCCUUAUAGGCUAUAUGUAUACGCAGUUUUUUAAAGCAUUUUUUUCAAAGAUCACUUAAUUCCCCGUGCUUCUGUAAUGCUUAUGAAAACUAUAAAUGGCGAGUGGUGAAACUCCUCCUUUCCUCAUAGUCCUCAGGCUUUGGUUACUUUUGCAUAUGCCAUUUGAAGCCUCCAACUUUUACCAGUUUAACAUCCAAAGUUCACAGCAUCACCAUUCAUGGUGUAAGAACAGUUUUGCAGUAUAACACGAUCUGAUAAUCAUUCAGUUAUUCAAUUGUAAAUAAUUACUGGGAUGGUUUCUUGGCUUUAAGUCUACUGAAUAAAAUCUAUGAAAUUGUACUCUGUGUUAACCAUCCACUAGGAUAGAAUACCGGAAACUGUGCAUGCAAAAAUACGAGAUGGGUCCAUUUGUACACAAUUCGUAGUUAUGCAAUCUACUAUAUAAAUAUGUUCACAUGCACUAUGUGUAUGAAAAUAGAUUGUCUGUGUUCAGACGAAAGUAAAACAUUUUUUUCAAAUUGUUAAAUUUAAAGGUUUUCUGGGAGAAAUUUAUGAAAAACAGGCUGUGUCUAUUUGACAUCAGAAAUUUCCACUUAAACCAAAAUAAUGAGAAACUUUAAUCUGUAUAUAACCUUCGUUGAGUAUACUUCCCCCUUAUUUAUACCUCUGCAUUUCCUUCUGCGCUUCACAUCUUUCUAAAAUGCAGCUUGGUUUUAAAAUAAAAGAAUAUUCAUUUUGUGAUUCUAAACAACCUUCAGUAAAUAUCACCAGUAUGGUACUGGUGAAUUUCUCAGCAUAAAAUCGACAUACCUAAAAAGUUAAUAAAAUUCAGCUCUUUUCCAAUUUCAUUGUUAUGCCUAUUGAAGUAUUAAUAGCAAGGUUUCAUUUUUCGUGAAACUUGGAAUCCGUACUUUGAGCAGACUAAGUCAAGGGAAGAACAGAAAGAAACUCAGGAGUAGAGUAAUGUCAUUUUUCGCUUACACCACUUUCAGGGCACAUCCAAAGAGUUCCUAGAUACUUGUAAAAUGUCUGAAAAAUUUUAAGUAAUAAACUUUGCAAUGUUUAGCUCAACUUUUUGUUCAUUUGGAAGUUUCUCUCCAUCCAAGGAUUUAAGCCAGUUUUGGAUUUGUAAGCCCAGAGUACAGUGCACUUCCUGGAGGCAUCGUCACUGCUGUUGAAACGAAGAAUGUGCAUGGGGUGGAAGGACGGCUUCGAACCUCUGGACUCAGCCUUGAGAACAAACACAGAUUGUUACAGCCCUGGGCUGCUGCAUAAUCACAGUUCCUCGAGCCUCUUCCAGAGCACAUGCCCAAGCUCUGCCUCUCCAGAGACUGACUCCAAAUGCAGGAGCUUCCACUGGACCUCGGUUGGAGGCUGCUUUAUAUGACAGACUCCAGAAAUGGAUGCCAGAAUACGGAGGCCAAACGUUCUGAGUCCUGGUAAGGACAGUCGCUCUGGGGGUCUUCAUUUUACUGCAGUUCCUGCGCGCCAGUGAAAGGAGAUAGACCCUGGAAGGCAGAGCUGCAGAUGCUCGUCAUCGGGUCAAUUCUGGAGCUUCAGUUUUGUUUCUGACUGGAUGGGGACGCAGCGGUGACUGUAUCCAAUCAAACAGUCCUUUUCUUCUCUCUCCUUUAGUAUCGAUUUUAAAGUGCAUUAGGCACUAUGGUUUCAGAGUUUCUUGGGGAAACUUUGCAGAUUCGUAUUCAUUGGUUCUGCGAUACUUAAAUAAAUUAUUUUACAAUUA